AUCACAAUUCACCAGCUCGAAGUCGAAGUACACAGCUCAGCGAGUGAAUCGAAGCUUCUAUAGCUAGCUACUACUAGCUGAUCGAGUAGCUGGUCGGCUGCUCCCUCUCCGUUGUGCGUAGCUUCUGUGUUCGGUCUGCACUCUGCAAACAACGAUGGCGGUGGCGGCGACGAAGCCGGCAGCCGUUGGGAGGCGGUACGCGCUGCUGCUGGCGCUGUGGGACUCGGAGUACGCCAAGAAGGUGUACGGCGGGUACCGCAACGUCUUCGUCGCCGCGUUCGGCGGCGGCGAUGCCGGGGAAGAGGGUGCCGAGAGGUGGGACUGCUUCCGCGUGAUCGCCGGCGAGUUCCCGGCGCCGGAGGACCUGGCGUCGUACGACGGCUUCGUGGUCAGCGGCAGCCCGCACGACGCGUACGGCGACGAGCCCUGGGUCCGCCGCCUCUGCGAGCUCAUCCGGGCGCUCCACGCCAUGGAGAAGCGGGUCCUCGGCGUCUGCUUCGGCCACCAGGUCCUGUGCCGGGCGCUGGGCGGGAGGGUCGGCAAGGCGCGGAACGGAUGGGACGUCGGGGUGAAGAAGGUGACCUUCGCGCGAGACCUGAAGGGCUUCGCGUUCCUUGGGGAUCUCAAGGAGCUCCCCUCGAGCGCCUCCCUCGUCGAGGUCCACCAGGACGAGGUGUGGGAGCUCCCGCCGGGGGCGACGGUGCUGGCCUUCUCGGAGAAGACGCGCGUGGAGGCGUUCGCGGUGGGGGAGCACGCGCUGGGCAUCCAGGGCCACCCUGAGUACACCGCCGACAUCCUCCACAACCUCGUCGACCGCCUCACCGGCCAGAGCGCCAUCCCGGCGAGCGUGGGCGAGGACGCGCGGCGGACGGUGGCGGAGACCGGCGGCCCUGACCGCGCGUUCUGGACGGGCCUCUGCAAGAGGUUUCUCGGAGGCGGAGGGAUCACGAACACCCCGCGGCCCGCGCCGGUGCGGGACGCGGCGCCGGAGGUGAUGAUGACCAGCCGCGCCGCCGUCGCCGGCUGCUUCACUAGCGUCGCUCCAAUGGUCCAGUUGGCUCGCAGCACUAGUCUUGCUGGAGUAGCACGCACGUAGCAGCCUUUUCGCCGCAUGAUAUUGCAUAUAUAGCUAGGCGAGGCCUUGACUUCAAGAUAAUUCUUCUGUGUAAUGCAAUCUUUCUUCUAUGCAUUUGUUGAGUACAAGUUUUGGGCAUCGGACCUUUCAGUCUA